CUCAUACUAGAAUAGUAGCUAACCAGUGCAUCCCCUGUGUAGCUUCUUCUCAUCAAGCAUUUGGUGUUUGAAAAUGGAGCACAACUCCCAAAUCCAAAUUCCUAAAGUAAAAUUGGGCACACAAGGGCUUGAGGUCUCGAAACUAGGCUUUGGCUGUUUAGGACUUUCUGGAAUAUUAAAUACUCCUCUGUCACAUGAAGCUGGAUGCUCAAUCUUAAAGGAAACAUUCAAUAAAGGCAUCACCUUCUUUGACACAUCCGAUCUAUAUGGACAUGAAGGCGACAACGAAAUAAUGAUUGGAAAGGCGCUGAAGCAGCUUCCUCGUGAGCAAGUCCAACUGGCAACCAAAUUUGGGUUGUUAGUUUCUGAGGACUUCCAGUUUCAUGUCAAAGGCACUCCAGAACAUGUACGGAAAUGCUGCGAAGAAAGUCUGAAGCGGCUUGAUGUAGACUACAUCGAUCUAUAUUACCCUCACAGAAUAGACACAACUGUGCCAAUAGAGGAAACUAUGGGGGAACUCAAGAAAUUAGUGGAGGAGGGAAAGAUUAGGUACAUUGGCUUAUCGGAAGCCAGUGUGGACACAAUUAAGAGGGCACAUGCUGUUCAUGCCAUUACUGCUGUACAAUUGGAGUAUUCUCUUUGGACCCGUGAUAUAGAAGAGGAUGUCAUUCCGCUUUGUAGGGAACUAGGCAUUGGGAUUGUUGCCUAUAGCCCCCUCGGCCACGGUUUCUUUGCUGGGAAGGCAGUGACAGAAAGCUUGCCUACGGGAAGUAUAAUGGGCUCGCACCCAAGGUUUAAUGAACAGAAUUUGGAGAAAAACAAAGUUCUAUACUCACGAUUCGCUAGCUUAGCAGCAAAGCAUGGUUGUACACCUCCUCAACUAGCAUUAGCAUGGCUUAUGCAUCAGGGAGAUGAUGUGGUUCCAAUACCUGGGACAACAAAGAUCAAGAACCUCAAUGACAAUGUCCAAUCUCUAGGAGUGAAACUUACACCGGACGAUUUGAAGGAAAUUAUUGACUCAGUUCCUAUUAGUGAAGUGUGUGGAGAAAAAGACGAUGCAGUGAUCUCAAAGUACAGUUAUCGGUUUGCUAAUACACCAUUAAAGCAGUAAAAUUGCGUCCGCGAUUACUGGUGUAAAUGGACUAAAUCACCAUUAUGUGUUUCAAUAAGUGAACUCAUCCUUUGAUUGUCUACCCCUUGUCAAUUUAAUUGCCAGGAUAUUGACAUUCCUAGGUUAAGCUUCCACAAGCAAAUUUUAUGCUAUAAAACAUUCUCCUUUUAUCAUUUAAAA